GAUGGCGGCGACUUAAGCAUAUAUCGGUGUUAACCAGUUUAUCGAGAGAGAAGUCCGCCUCUCCGGAGGCUGUCGUGUUUUUACAACGGUUGUCCCGGAGAAGAAUAAUCUUCUCGGUUAGAUAACGGUGUCGCAGGCGUCGCUGAACGCCGCAGAAAAGCCCGCUGGUGUUGUUUCUUCUCCGCCGCGACCCUCCGGUGACAGCCGGGGAGGCGAGCUGCUAACAGCCAGGAUGGACAGCGGAGAGUACAUCUCCUCCAUGGACAACAUGGACCCGACUUUAGCGGAAUUAGGGGACGAGUUCACCCUGGGAGACAUCGACGAGAUGCUGCAGUUUGUCAGCAACCAGGUGGGGGACUUCCCAGACCUGUUUGAGGAUCAGAUGACCGCAGCAGGCUCUGCACAGAGUGGCGGCGGCGCCAGCGCCACUCCACGACCCGCCAUUCAAACCCCUCAGACUCCCCAGACACCAGCCCCUGCUGUCUACCAGAGCUCCCCCACCAGCCUCGCCCCCUCACAGACUCUCACUCCCCAGUCUGUGCCCCUCACCCCUCCCCUCACCCCUGUACAGACCCCCUCCCCCCCCCCGGUGCAGCAGCAGGUGACCCGCAGCCCUCCGCUCCUCCAGCCACGGCCUCAGGUGGUCCAGCCCAUCCAGCCUCAGCCCCAACAGACAGCCCAGCCCACCAUCCAGAUGCACACCCAGGGGAUCGCCAUGCAGACCCAGAGCUUCCCGGUCCACACCCUGGUUCAGACUCACAGUCAGACGCCCCUGCCCAUCCAGACCCAGGCGGCCCAAACUGUGAUGAUUGCCUCCAACGGCGGGCAGUCACGAUUCAUCCAGAGCCCCGUCAUCUGCCACCAGAGCCCUGCUCCUGGUUUCCAAGUCCUCCAACCUCAGAUGCAGAGCAUUAUGACGUCACCACAGCUCCAACCAAUGACCAUACAGCACCAGCGUGUUCUGACCCCAACCUGUCAGACCAUCCAGACCCUCUCCCCAGCGCCCACCACAGUCCACACUAUGCAACAGCAGAUGCAGCAAGUACCUGUUCUGGUCCAGCAGCCUCAGAUUCUGAAGACAGAUUCUCUCGUCCUGACGACACUGAAACCAGACGGCACACAGGUGCUUUCUACCAUGCAGAGCCCCACAGGCAUCACCACGUUGACUACGCCCAUCCAGAACACAGCUCUGCAAGUCCCGACGCUUAUGAGCAGCAACAUCCUGACCACCGUCCCUGUUGUGAUGGGAGGAGGAGACAAACUGCCUAUUAAGCAGCUCCAGCCAGGCUCCUCCCAAUGCACGAACGCAGCCAGAACAAGCGUGGAUCAGGGUCAGGUGAUGGGAGGAGUGGUAGGUCCCGGAGGAGUGGUGAAGGAGGGCGAGAGGAGGACGACCCACAACAUCAUCGAGAAGAGGUACCGGUCAUCCAUCAACGACAAGAUCAUCGAGCUCAGAGAUCUGGUCAUGGGCAACGACGCAAAGAUGCACAAGUCAGGAGUGCUGAGGAAGGCCAUCGACUACAUCAAGUACCUGCAGCAGGUCAACCACAAACUACGGCAGGAGAACUUGGCUCUUAAGAUGGGAAACCAGAAGAACAAGCAAGUGAUUCUGUCUGAAGACGUGGAGCUUAAAGAGGAAAUAGUGAUGAUGUCACCUCCAGCCUCGGACUCUGGUUCUGGUUCCCCUCACCAGUUCUCUCCUUACUGUGUGGACUCGGAGCCGGGCAGCCCCUUACUGGAGCACGAUCAGAUGAAGAGUGAGCCAGAAUCUCCCUCCUCGGUCGGAGUGAUGGACGGUUCUCGGCUGCUUCUCUGCGCCCUGACCUUCUUCUGCCUGUCCCUAAACCCGCUGCCGUCUCUGUUGGGCUCUGAGGCCUCAGGGAGCCCCAACCUGUCUGGGGGCCACGGGCCAACUCGAACACUCGUCUGGUUCCCAACUCACACUCAGGACUUUGCGUCCUGGCUGCGGUGCCUGUUGCCGUGGGUGAUGGUGUGGGUGCUGAGCGGUGUGGGAGCAGUGUGGGGCUGUGUCCGGGUGCUCUAUCUGUGGGAACCCGUCACACCCCUGCACUCGCCAAAAUCUGUGUCGUUCUGGAGGCAUCGCAAACAAGCCGACCUGCAUCUUAACCGAGGAGAUUACACAGCAGCUAUGACCAGUUUGGAGACGUGCCUGUCCGUCUUGACCAGAGCGCUUCCUUCAACCAAUCUGGACCUGGUCUGCUCGCUGUGCUGGAAUCUGAUUCGCUACUUCUUGCAUCGUCCAACUCCUCUGGGUUGGCUGGUUCAUCAGGUUGGAGGAAAGCAUGAGGGGGAGGAGGCCAGGACGAGUGCGAAGGAUGCAGCUCUGGUUUACCACCGGCUGAGCCAGCUGCAACUCACAGGAAAGCUGCCUCAGCGUAGCAGCCUGUGGGCUUUGUCUGUGUCUCUGAGCGCAGUCAACCUCAGCGAGAGCGCCCAAGGCAAAAUGGCCCCGGCCCAGCUCACCCAGAUCUAUGUCACUGCAGCAACCACCCUGCGCACUGUGCUGGGCCACCACCUCUCCUGUCUGCCUGGUUAUUUGUUGAGCUGUGCAGAGAGUGCGGCCUACCAAUCAGAGACCAAGACGAUCCCUGACUGCCUGCGCUGGCUCUUCACCCCGCUGGGUCGGCAGUUCUUCCUGAGCUGCGAUUGGUCGGUGAAGUCAGAGAGCAGCGACGGGGUGUACACGUCUCAGAGAGACCCAGUUGACCCCAUCGCCCAGCUGCACCGCUGCUUCUGCAGGAAGCUUUUAGAGAGAGCCGUUCACACCCUCAUCCAGCCGCAGAGCGAGUCUGAAGCAGGCAAACACAAGAACGACUCAGGGGAGUUUUCCAGUGCGCUGGAGUUCCUCCAGUUGUUGAACAGCUGUACAGAAGACUCUCACUCCCCUCCUCCUCCCUUCUCAACUCCUCCCAAUCACACCACCACGCCAGUGGGAGACCCAGUGAGUCGUUGGUGGGCUCUGGUCCUGAAGGCUGCCGUGCAUUGGCUGCAGGGUGAUGAUGUCGCAGUGAGGUCACUGUUGGCAGAGGCGGAGCGGAUGCCGAGGGCUCUGCACACGCUUGACCACCCUCUGCCCAAAGCUGUUCUGCUGCUUUGCAAGGCGGUCCAGAUGAGUCUGUCCCCUCUGAAGGGAGAGGGGGCGAUAGCCUGCCUGUCCCACUGCGACAGAGCCAGCAGCUACCUGCGCUCCAGCAUCUCGGUGCCCGUCGCCCAGACCGGGAACUGGCUGAACAAGGGGGUGGAGCUCCUCAUCUGUGACCUUCUGCUGACUCUGAGGACCAGUUUAUGGCAGCGAGGAGGCAGCAGUAACGGGGAACCUGGACUGGCUCCUGGAUCCCAGUUGGCGGGUUUCCAGAGGGACCUCAGCGCGCUCAGAAAGCUCACACAGUGCUACAGACAGGCGCAACACAAGGUGUUUCUUCAUGAGACCACAGUGAGGCUGAUGGCUGGAGCCAGUCCCACAAGGACACACCAGCUGCUGGAGCACAACCUCCGACGCAGGACACACAACUCCUACACGGCCGAGGGUGAGUGCGUCCUGGGUGAAAGAGAGAGGGCUCACGCCAUCCUGCUGGCCUGCCGCCACCUGCCCAUGCCCCUGCUGACCCCACCCGGGCACCGCGCCCGCCUGCUGGCCGAGGCCAAGCGCACCCUGGAGCGGGUGGGAGACCGACGGUCGCUGCAGGACUGUCAGCAGAUACUGCUGCGCCUCAGCGGGGGCACGACCAUCGCUGCCUCCUGAACACACACGCGCACACGCGCACACACACACACACACACACACACACAC